AUGGCGAACACGAACAAGAACCGAUCAUCCACCUUCAGCCUCUUCAGCAAGGCCAAGCGCGAUGCCCCCGAAGCGCAACCCUACAGCGGCCUCGAAGUCGUCCCUCUCUCGGACGAGAAGAUCGUCGUAGAUCAUGAGGCCGACGGCGACUACAGCACAUUAGAAGUCGCGGUGGCCAGCGACGAGAAGAUAUGCGUCGCGGACGAGCCCCAAGAUUACAGCACGCUGGAAGUAGUAGACCCCGCUCUCCAAGGCGUCAACUACCCCUUCGCGACCCGACACCAUAUGGCUCAGACGCACAACCAGGACCACGACCCGUACAAUGCGCCGCUGCCCCCGCUGCCCAGCGAGCAGCUCCAAAGCCACAAUCCAGAUGAGAUCUCACCGACGACGAGUGAUUCUCAUAGGAGGUCGAAGAAACAUCUGCUGCGGGCGAGAUUGCUCAGGGAGUGCGGGAUCUGGUUCGAUAAGAGGUUUUAUGCGGGCGAGGAGGGCAUGGAGAUAAAAAUGAGCCGCAGCGCGACGCUCUUUCGGGAUAUGCAGUGGGAGGUUAUGUGUGGGGAGUCGAGCGUGAUGAAGAUUCGAGGGAAUCCGAACUCGUGGAGUGAGAAGAGAGAAUUUAUGGACGCCACGGGAGGUCCACUGUUCAAAACGCGAAAACAGGGCUCUGGUAGCCGCGUUGCGGAAUCGGUGCACGGACAAGUCGUGUUUGUGUUGAAGGAGGAUACGGAGAGUGUGAGUUCAAGUUGGACUGUCGAUUUCACCAACGCGAGGGAUAAACGGACUAUCAGGUGGAAUGUAAGAGGGAGUGCCACAACGAGGGAUAUAUACAUUAAUUGCUACGGGAUCCCAAUCGGCCGAAUCACUCGGCCGGAAGACGGCAUCGACGAGUUGUUUAAAGAAAAAAAUAUUUAUAUUGUUAAGGUUUCUCCGGGGAUUGAUUUUACGAUUAUGGCGGCGCUAACGGUUGCUUAUGAUGAUUUGAGAUUGGAAGGCGGGGCUGCCUUAUAA